AGGGAGUAUGGUUUGUUUGUGAAGCACUGCAGGGUCGAGGUAUAUCUAACCGAGCUUUGUCUAGCUCUGAACUCAGAUCCAGAGAAUAAAAUCAAAAUGAAGUUUAGCAAAGCGGACACCAUAGCAUACAUCAUGAAUGAAAUGAGACGAGAGUUCAAUAUACCAGAAACAGCAGAGUGCAGAGUCUGGAGUAAAUACACUUCAUGUUAUGAACUUAUAGAAGGAUUAUCAUCUACAUAUCAGGAGUCCGGUUUAUACCCGGGGCAGACAUUAAUACUUGAGGUUAAGGGUGAGGAUGGGGAAUGGCCUAGAGAUAAAAUAAGUCCGAUUCCUAUUGAAGCAAAGACGACAGAGAAAAUUAAAAUUCCCUCUCCACCACCUGCAGUCAGUCUCCUGAAAGAAAACGGUUCCACCACUGUACAGACAAAUAAAUCAUUUAAUUCUAUAAAUGGAUCCUCUAGCUCCUCUAGCUACCAGGACGGAGUUGAAGCAGAAGACGGAGUACCAGGGCUCUGUGGUUUAUCUAACCUAGGAAAUACAUGUUUUAUGAAUUCUAUUCUACAGGGUUUAUCGAAUACCCCGGCAAUAGCUGAAUAUUUUGAGAAUGAUAACUAUGAGGAAGAUAUUAAUGAAGAGAACCCUCUCGGUAUGAAGGGAGAGAUUGCAAGGGCAUUCGGUCAACUUAUCAAGGAUAUAUGGAGCGGAAGAUACAAGUAUGUUGUUCCCCGAAACUUCAAGACGGUUGUAGGACGGUUUGCUCCACAGUUCAGUGGAUAUCAACAGCAGGAUAGUCAGGAGCUACUAACAUUCCUUCUAGAUGGACUACACGAGGACCUUAAUAGAAUAAAGAAGAAACCGUAUGUUGAGAUGGGAGACACCACAGACAGGGACGAUAGGGAGAUUGCCAGGGAGGCCUGGGAGAACUACAAGAGACGAAAUGAUUCGGUUAUUCUAGAUAUAUUUCAUGGUCUACUCAAGAGUACACUAGUCUGUCCACAAUGCAAUAAGAUCUCUGUAACUUUCGACCCAACCUGUUAUCUCUCCCUUCCAUUACCAGUUAAAAAAGAGCGUGAAAUUGAGGUAUUUUUUGUAUCCUUGACUCCGUCCCUGGCUCCAGUUCAGUACAAAGUGAGUUGUCCCAAGGACGGAUAUAUCUCUGACCUGGAUACUGCCUUGAGGCAUCUGGUUCAGAUCCCCGAACAGAAUAAACUAGUCAUUGCAGAUCUAUACAAUCACAGAUUUCACAAGCUUUACACUGGCGGGGACCCUCUCUCCAAUAUUCUAGAAAAAGAUGAUAUUUUUGUUUACGAAGUGUCGGACCCAGAAGACAGUAAUCAGGUUGUAGUCCCCGUGUAUCUACGGACCCGGAGAUCAGGUUCAGGAUAUUCCCCUUCAACUCUUUUCGGUCAACCUUUCCUCGUCACUGUACCCAGCGCAGUAACAGAGGAGGCUCUCUACGAUCUGCUUCUAGACAGAAUGUCCAGGUAUGUAUCGAGACCAAGUCCUGAGGACCAGUGGUGGAAGGAGACCAAGGAAGAAAAGGGUGAGAAGAUGGAGGUUAACGGAGAUUCAUUGUCAGAAAACUGUGAUUUACCCUCCAGCAGUGGAGCAGGGGGCAGUGCCGCCCAGUCCCCGGCCACUGACGAAUCACCGACCAGUGAGAUCAGCAAUGGUCUAAACAUACAGGAGGAGGAGGAGGAGGAGGAGGAUGAAAAUGAGGGAAUACAAAACGGACGAAUGUUUUCUUUCUCCGUGAUCAACAACUACGGAAACGCUCAAAUCCGCGACGGAAUCUGCGACGACGACGGACUAAUCAGACUUGAGCGGAAAAACUUUCUCGGUCUGGAUUGGCACUUGAAGGCCAAGGCCAAGUUCUUUAACGAAAAGGCAGCCGAGGAUUUCAGCCAAGAUGCGUCGAUGCAUACACCUACGAAGAAACAGAAGGUUGAUCUGAAAGAGUGUCUAAAGCUGUACACAAGCCAAGAGAAGCUGGGAGCUGAUGACGCCUGGUAUUGCCCUAAAUGUAAGGAGCACCAGCAGGCAACCAAGAAAUUUGAUCUGUGGAUGCUGCCUGAGAUACUGAUAAUAAGUCUGAAAAGAUUCUCGUAUAAUAGAUAUUGGAGAGAUAAGAUUGAUGUUCCUGUUCAAUUCCCAGUGCAGGUAUUUAUACAGACAGUCUCUUUUACUCAUACUGCGUAUGGUAAGAACCGAGCCACCGGGAAAUGGUAUUAUUUCGAUGAUGCUCGAGUAACCGAGGCUAAGGAGUCUGAUGUUGUGUCAAAGGCUGCGUACGUCCUAUUCUAUCAACGCAGAUCGACGAAUAGCGUUGCUACCCAUCGAAACAUUCCCGCCGCGGCGGGAAGCAGCAAAGCAGCGGGCUUUACAAACGGGACCAACGGUGUGUCAAGUAGUGACGAAGAUAUGGAGAUUAAUUGAAAAGAUUCGAUUAAAUCAAUUUCUGUUUUAUUUAUUCCUGAAAAGGUCUUCUUCUUGACUUGUCCUAGAUCAAGUGUACUCAAGUCCAAUUCUGUUCAUAGAAAAAAAAAACUAUCCCGAGAAAAGACUUGGUUUUUAUUAUUUUCCCCGAUUAAGAAUAUUCCAGAAUUCUAGAUAAAUGAAUUAGAAUAUUCCUGAUAUCUAGGUAUAGAAAGUAGAAUAUUCAUGAUUUUUAGGUAAAGAAGUAUUCCUGAUUUCUGGGGAAUAAACUUGAAUAUUCCUCAUUUUGUUUAAACAAUUAACUGAAAUAUUCCUGAUUUCAGGAAUCACCGCCCCUACCCCCUUCUUCCUGUCCAAACUUGUUUUUUCUUUAAUUUUGUAUCAUUGAUAUAUAUAAAAUUGAUUGUGAAAAAUAUAAAGCUUUGCUUUUUAUUAGAAA